ACAAGUAGAAUAGUGGAUGCUGCGUACAGAUGUGGUAUUUGCGAACAGUUUGUUCCUGCUUCUGAAGAUGUCCGUGCGAGUGAAUGCGGAUAAUACAUCAGUAUAACCAAAAAAGGGCUAGCCAGUGUAUAUACAAAUGGCAGUUAAAAGUGUGAAAAGUCAAUGUUGCUCAUAAAAAGUUAUUUGCCAGAAAGCGGAAGCCAUUCAAACCUUAAAUGUCGUAUGUUAAAUAUCAAAAAAAUCCCAUCACACAGAUUGUUAAAUGAAGAAAAAGCUAAAGGGUAGUUGUUGCUCAUUGAUGGACACCCAGAAAUGAUUUUAUAAAAGUAUUCAGAGAUAUGAAUUAUUCUUAUCUAUCGCCGUAGGGACAUCACUUUCGAAGCAUAAAAGUAAAAUACCUUACUCAACAUCGAUCAUAAAUGAAAUGUUAAGGGUUUUUCACUUGAAGAAUAACUAAAUUCUACUCAUAUUAGUAUUUUAGCCGACAGUGACUAACAUCGGUCGGGUACCAUAAAUAUCUCGAAUACAUCGUGAUUUUUUAAUAUAACGAAGCAAAUUUAAAUUUGAAGUGGAUAUUUAAAUGAAGAUGUUAACUGUAAUAUGUAGAAAUCUGGUAAAAAAAAUGGUAAUUGGUGAAUCUUGCUUUAAUAAAUUUUUUAUAACUUUUAACUUAAAAUUCAAUAACAAACUUCUAACAUCCUACGGAAUGAAUAUGACAGUUAGUAAGAAGCAAUAAUAUAUUAAUAUAGUGACCAAAACUAAAUAUAAUCUUGCCACAAGUGAUGCUAAGAGAAGAAUAAUGGAAUUACGUUGGAAAUCAGGGAAUAAAAUAUUAUUUAAUGCAGUACAAGAGAAAUCAUUCGCAGGACCGAGAACGUAAAAUGAAAAGACAGUCGGCAACGGUAUUUUUUCCGUACAUAAUAAAGAAAGGAAGAGAGAAGAAUGAGGCAUUUAUUAAAUUUCUACGAUUUGCGACUUAUGUCUCUGAUAAUAUUUUUUACGAUAGUUGCUUCGCAAAACCAAAUGUUAUCAACUUCGGCGUGGCCAUUGACAAAUACUAGAGUUAACAUCGAUUUCAACUCCACAGCCAUGGAAAAACUCGGGUCAAUAUUACCUUUAGCAUCAUUACCGGUAGGAGUAGCGUCUGCUGAAACGACGCCAACAACAUUCACUGCAUCAUCGUUUUACAGCAAUUCAUAUAACACGCCAAUUACUAGAAGAGUAAUUACAAACGGCGCGUUAGAUGAAGACAAAGCUAGCACAAGUGCGAUGGGCAUUACGAGUUAUAAUUCAAAUGGGUCGUGGACGAUUUUGUCGUCAACGACAAAAUUGAAUUCAUUUACAAGUACCAGCCAGCUACCUUUCGAUUAUACACUAACCAAGAAAUGGACUUCGGACGCUGUUAGCUUUCGUGCUUCAUCUCCGAUGGUCUCGGAAACAUCGAUGGCGGCUACUCCGGCGGAAAAAUCGCGAACGUUUCGCAACAAACACCAUCACGAACAUCAUUGGGGUCCGUUUUUUGAAGAACCCCUUAACUCAACAGCGUCAGGCGAGAAUGUCGUCUCUACUGCGCAUUUAUAUACGGAAGCUGUGCUUAAUUGCAGAGUGGGGAUGCUAAAAGAUAAAACAGUAAUGUGGGUGAGACGAACAACAGAAAAAGUCUCCUUACUAACUGUUGGCAAUAUAACGUACAGCGGAGACCCAAGAAUUCACGUCAAAUUUCAGUAUCCAAACAAUUGGCGGCUGCUCAUUAAUCCCAUACAGAGAGAGGAUGCCGGCGUCUAUAUGUGUCAAGUGUCUACGCAUCCACCGCGAGUCUUCACAACAAAUCUAACCAUAUUAGAACCUCCCUUACGUUUAAUAGAUGAGCAGGAACGAGAAGUAAGUGAUCGAUAUUACAAAACUGGAAGCACCAUCGACCUUUACUGCCAAGUAUCGCGAAGUUUUUUAAUCAAGGAGAAUAUUAAAAUUGCUAAAUCAUUACAACCCUUCGAGCAAAAUCAAACUAAAGGAAACCCAAAUAAAAGUCAAAUAGGAGGCAAUAGGUUGGGUUCCGGAUACAAUGAGUUAGUAUCGACCAGCAAUCAUAGUAAUGUCAAGAUGUCGGGCCUCGCUUUAGAAAAACCAUUCAGCAAUAUGAUUUUUUGGACGAAGGGUGAUGCAGUAUUACCAUUUACGACUAUCAAACGAUCAAGCUCGGAAAAAUGGCUUAUUAGUCGAGUUUCAAUACCAGAUGCUAAGCUUAUGGAUAGUGGAAACUAUUCAUGUUCUAUAGGUAAAGUCUUCACUGCAAUAGUUCAGGUGCAAGUGCUGACAG